ACUUUUUGAAGGUAGUCACCUUUAAGAACUAACAUUUCAAAAAGAACAAAACAUACAUAAUACUACCAUUGGAAUCACUACUAAUACUUGUAUCCCAAUUUAAAGUACUGCAAAGCAAAAAACGAUAUUGACAUUACCCAUGCCAUUUUGAGUAAGAAUAUCUCAGUAACUACAAAUAUAACCCUGCUGCUUUUUUGUACAGCGAUAGAAGACAGAUAGAACUGUCUUGUAGAAAAAUUUGGGGUCUCUGGUACCUGUCCCACACUGAGAUUUUUGCCACCAAAAAUAGCCAAUUAAAAUCUCGUCCAACUUUGGGAGCUCAUAUUUUCCAAACUGAGGUACCUAGAAAGCUCCAGUUUGCUAAGUUAUCACACAAGUUUGUGUAGAAUGGAACCCAGGGGUGUUAGAACAUUUCUGUGCAGUAUUUCUAGUACUUUUAAGGUCCCAAACCCCACUCGUGAGUAGGUUUUUCUUAAUUUGUAGCAUUUUUAGCAAACCCCCAUGUCCUGCAGAGUGUAGGGAAACAUCUGGGGAUGUUUGUGGGGCACUAACUACAUGCAGAGGCCUUGUUUACCAACUCACAGCUCUCUGGUAUGUCUGAGAAAUGACCACUUAAAGAUGCAAAAAACGCUGGCGAGGCUUUUUAUAGCCCAAAUUCUGAAAAUUUCAGACCCCCACAACUCAGAAACUAUUUGAGCUACAGGCCUACAAUUUUACAUAGAAAGUACUUUUGUGACUAUCUAAUGGCAUACAAAUUUAGGACUAAUUUGAAAAUGGUGUAGCAACCACCAUCUGGUGAAACCACACGGAAUGACCCACAAGACUUAUUGACUUGCAGCCACUGCUACUAUGAUUGUGAAGCUAACAUCUGCCCAACUCAAACAUCUAAAAGCAGAAAAGCUGGUGGCUUUAUGAAAUUAUUUACUGAUGAAUUAAUUUUUCUACUGGAAUUUUCCUUGUAGGCACAUCAUUGGAAUAUUCCCCACAGAGUUCUCCUGCAAGCAUUAAAUCCUGGACAGCCAGUUUCUCACAAUAUCUGUAUUUACUGACACUUCAUAUGAGGGUUUCAUGGACAUUACAGCAGCUUGAUGGAAUUGUCUACCACCCACAAAGAUAGGAAACACAACAAACCUCUAUCACCAUUUAAAUGAGUUGUGUUACGAUCUCCACAAGUUAACAGAAAACUAAAGUCUCUGUUCCACACUGUUGACACUGAAUCAAGCCAGUUGUGGUAACAUCAGUUCUAAGAAGUCACUCUGUCUGCUUGUUUGGUCAUUAGUGGGUCUUUUCUGAUCAAGGAACCAGACUGUUUGUCACUUUAUAGGCCAUAUUUUCCUAUUGUGUAUAUUUUUAUGUGUUACCAUUAUGGGGCGUAUAAAUGUACACGUGCCCUUGUUAAUAUUGCAGAAAAACCUGUUUGCUAAGCAGCCAACAAGCAAUCCUAAAUUGCAAAUAUCCCUUAAAUUAAAAAUUCACUGCAGCGUUUUCUCAUUAACACACAGUUCAGUGUUACAUUCAGAGUUACUAGCUAAAAUGUGUCAAAGAUGGCGCCGUGCUAGCGGCAGCCAGUUACAGCAGUUCCUGUUAACUGUAAGUGUUUUUCGAUAUUUCUUGUAGUUUUUCUCUUUCCUUUUAUUCUAUUCUUCAAGUGGGUGCAUGACAUUUGUACAGUGCAGCAGUGGAUGUACAAGUGGUGCUAGUACGGUGUUUCUCUAACAGCAAACCCUGGGUGACCUCAGAACUGAAGGCCCUGCUGAAGGAAAAGAGAAGGGCUUUUGGAUCUGGGGACAAAGAGGAGCUGAGGAGGGUGCAGAAGGAGAUAAAGAAGAAGAUCAAGGUGGACAAGGCCAGCUACAGGACCAAGAUGGAAUCUCACCUGCAGGAUAACACAAGGGAGGUCUGGAAAGACCUGAGAUCCAUCUCUGGCUACAGCAGAGGCCAUGAGAGGGGAGCUGCAGCAGGAGACCGGGAGUGGGCCAAUGAGCUGAAUCUGUACUUUAACAGGUGUCCACAUCCUACAGCAAAUGAGUGGCUGUGAAUGGGACGAUGAAACUGGAGAAAUCAGGGCUUUUAGUCAAUUUGGAUACGAUGGUGAAGACUUCAUGUCACUGAAUCUGCAGACACUGACAUGGACCGCUUCAAAACCAGAGGCACUCAUCAUCAAACUGACAUGGGACACAUACGAGGCUAUGCUAAAUGACUACAAGUACAAUUUACUCAACGUGUUCCCUGACUUGCUGAAGAAGACUAUACAGUAUGGGGGGAGUUUUCUGCUCAGAACAGAUCUUCCCUCAGUGUCUCUCCUCCAGAAGACUCCCUCCUCUCCGGUCACCUGCCACACUACAGGUUUCUACCCCGACAGAGCCGACUUGUUCUGGAGGAAAGAUGGAGAGGAGCUUCAUGAGGACGUGGACAAAGGAGAGAUCCUCCCCAACCAUGAUGGAACCUUCCAGAUGAGUGUUGACCUGAACAUCUCAUUAAUCGCUCCUGAAGACUGGAAGAAGUACGACUGUGUGUUUCAGAUGUCUGGGGUCAAAGAUGACAUCAUCACCAAACUGGACAAAUCAGUGAUCAGGACUAACUGGGUUCCUCCUUCAGUGUUUCCUGCUGGUGCUGUCAUUGGAGUAGUUGUAGGUCUGCUGCUGCUGCUGCUCUGCAUCACUGGACUCUUCAUGUGGAGAAAGAAGACUAACGGGUUCAGAGCUGCUAACACCUCAGAUUCUGCAGACAGACAUUCAGAUCCUAACUGAUCACAACUCACAGGGAAGACUGGAGGAGGAGAGUAAACUCCAAUGAAUUCUGUCAAAGCCGUUUAUUGAGUCUGUUUUGCAAUUAUUAAGCCUUUGCAACUAACCCAAGUUGGAAACUGUUGUCUGUCCACUUUCAUUUUCUGUGCAGUAUUGUGCAAAAAAUGUAGACAAUUUAAAUGUUUAGUCUCUUAUUAAACAUCCAAAACUAUCAGAGAGGCGUCCAUGUGCUCCAGCAGAACAAGGAGUAAAGAACAAUCUUCAAUAAACAGCUGUCUCAAGAAGGAACCAGCAAGAAGAACAAGGAACCUGCAUCAGACGCGAUGGUGUUGCAGUUACCAGAGACUGAAACAUGAGGACAGAAAUAAGAACAGAGCUGCAACAUUCUCCAUUUCUGCAACUUAUAAAUCUAUAAUGUUGAUAAGCUGCUGAUUAUGAGUGAAUUCAAACAGUAAAUCCACAAACAGCUUUUCUUCCUCAAACAUCUGAUUUCAACAACUAACUCUAUGUGUUAAGAACUCAUAAUUUUACUCACAACUGCGAACUAGAAACAACAUAUCGCUGCAACUUUGUGGCCACACUACAUAGAGAAACACUAUGACCACAGAUACCUGAAAAUAUACAACUCUAAAAGCAAUGCUUGAUUAAAAAAUGCUGUUUGUUUAUAGUGUUUAUUUGAUGAAGAUCAUAGCACAGAAGUGUCCAAACUUUUUCCAAAGAAGACCAGAUUUGAUCAUGUGAAAAUGGCCGAGGGCCAACCCUCCUGUGUGACAUUUUUUCAAUCAUUAAAGUUGAAUGCCAGUG